AAAAAAAAUAAGACCCAUCCCCCAACCGUCCAACGACAACAAACAAAGAUUCUUUCUACUUUUUCGGUUCUUCCUUUCCUUCCCUUUUUCCUCGCCAACACGGUAACCAAAACCCCCAAAUUGCCUCAGUUAGGGUUUCAAUCCAAAUUCCAAUUCCCCAACCCUCCUCUUCAGAAUCCUUCAAAUCCCGAACCUUUCCCCAACUGGGUCCUCAAAUCCGCCACGGCGAGCCCUCGUAGCUCGCGAUCUCCGAAACCAACGAUGCCAAAAUUCUCACGAUUCCUCGCCGUCGUCGCGAUCGCUGUCGCCGCGCUCUGCGUGAUCCUCCCCGUCGCGGCGGCGGUGGAUCUCGAGGACCCCGGCGUGCUGCAGCUGCCGUCGGAGAGCUUGUGCGGCAAAACGAUGCCGUUAUCGUGCCCGGCGAAAUGCUUCCGAGCCGACCCCGUUUGCGGCGCGGACGGCGUGACGUACUGGUGCGGCUGCGCGGAAGCGGCGUGCGCCGGCGUCGAGGUUGCGAAAUUCGGGUUCUGUGAAGUGGGGAACGGUGGAUCGGCGCCGAUUCCUGGGCAAGCUCUGCUUUUGGUGCACAUUGUUUGGCUCAUUGUGUUGGGGUUCUCCGUGUUGUUCGGUCUUUUUUAGUUAAAAUUGGGGUUAUGUGGUUUUAGUUCUUUGCAAUUCUUUGAGGGGUUCUUUUGUAAAUCAAUCACACGGCCAUUCUUGUAUUGUAUGUAUGAUUAUUGUUACUAUUGUAAUUUCACAACUUUCUUGAUUCAUGAUGACGUUGCUGUGGUUUUAAUUGGAAUUGGAAUACACUUACUUUCUAUCUA